GCGGGAGACAGCUACGGAGACAGAUUUCCACUACUAAUCCUCGUCCCUCACCCACAUCCGUACGUCGCACGAUACGCUGAAUCCCCAAUCAUGUCGACCAAAAAGAUUGAGCAAUGGGAAAUUGAGCGAUACUGGGAAAUUUUCUCGUCGCUCGCAGCCGGCCAACCCCGUUUAAACAACUCCCAGGCAGCAUCGGUACUAAGGAACAGUCGGCUUCGCGAUGAUCAGCUAGAGAAGAUCUGGGAUUUAGCCGAUGUGGAUGGUGAUGGCGAGUUGGAUUUCGAAGAAUUUUGUGUUGCGAUGCGAUUAGUCUUUGACCUUGUCAAUGGAGAAUUAAAACAAAUCCCUCAAGUUCUACCCGACUGGCUCGUCCCUGAAUCGAAAUCCCAUCUCGUUCAUGCCACCCGUGCUAUAAGCGGGGGUCAGGAGCAGUUUGAGCGCAUAGAAGAUGAAGACAACACUCCCGGCUUGAAGGAUGGUUUCGAUUGGUAUAUGAACCCAUCCGAUAAAUCCAAGUACGAAGAUAUCUACUCCGCAAACAAAAACCACCGCGGCGAAAUCAACUUCGAGUCACUGCAACCGCUCUAUGAAUCCCUGGAUGUCCCUGACACCGAUAUUCGCUCCGCGUGGAACUUGGUAAACCCAUCCGCUUCGUCUGCAAUCAACAAAGAUGCCACCCUUGCGUUCCUCCACAUCUUGAAUUACCGACACGAGGGGUUCCGCAUCCCCCGCACCAUCCCCGCCUCUUUGCGCGCCUCAUUCGAGAACAACAAGAUAGAUUAUCAAGUAGAGAAUGCGCGUCCUGUCCAGAAAUGGGGCCAAAACGGCGACACAGAGACUCGUUCAGGCCGGAAGGCAAAGUUUGGUGACACCUACCUGAGUCGACUAGGCGUCGCAGGCAAAACAUCAUACACCCCGAAGGGUACAGAUUUCAGCGACACAAUCCAGGAUGAGGAGUGGGAGAAGGUUCGUUUGAGGCGCGAGCUUGCGGAGAUGGAAUCCAAGUUGCAAGCUGCGACCAAGGCUUCGGAGGGACGAAGGAAUCAAAGAAACGAUGGCCGGCCUAACUGGGUGUUAAUCAAGAAGGAAGCUCUCCAGCUUCUGGAGUAUAAGGAGCGCGAGUUUCGAGAAUUGAGAGAUGGCACCGGCAGGUCCAAAGAUGGCCAGAGCGUCGAGCGUCUGAGUGAGGAUGUUAGAGCUGUUGGCGAGCAGGUUGAGGGCCUGAAGAACCAUCUCAUUCAGCGGAAAGACUUCCUUGCCGACCUGCGAAGUCAGAUCGAGGCCGAGCGGUCGUCACGAUAGUAUUUUUUUUUUUUUCUUUUCUUUUUUGGCUCUUACUUCUUUUUGUCUUCUCUUCUUGUUCAAACAUACCAUGCAUGUCCUACCAUAAUCUAACCUUGUCCUUUCCUUCCCUUCUUCUUCUUCUUCUUCUUCUUCUUCUUCUUCUUCUUCUUCUGUCUUCCUCGUUCCUGGGGGUUUGAGUUGUUUGUCUAAGUGUAUAUACAGCCACUUUCUUGGCGAGGAGCUUCAGGCGCUUAAUGGAUGCUGUUCUUUGGUUUGAAAGAUAUCAUUAGGUGUUUUCGUUGACUCUUGCUAAAUCACCUGCUACACUGUCUAUGUAGUCUAGUGUAAAGUACAAUAUCAUGCCUCAAUACCUCUAAAAAGCAGGGUAGAGAGAAAAGAAAACAAAGACAAUGACAA